CCCGCCCAACCGUCCGAGGUGAGGGAACGGAUCGGAGCGCUCGGUCGGGACUCGAGGGGGAGCGGCCCGAGUUGGGUUCGUUGUCUUCAGGAGGUCUCCAGGCCAAGCAGGAGUCAUUCUUUCUCCAUUGGAAAGCACUGACAAAGGAGGCUGAAGCCCGAGCAGAUAUUUUACCUGGUGAACGGCUGGUACUCUUACACUGUUCAAUUUGAGAAGGAAACCGAGAGCCGGGAACUCCAAUAAUGAAGAGAGAAGUCUUUAUGGGCAGAAACGCCAGGACAAGAGAUAGGGAAAACGAAGCUGCCAAAAUGACGAAAAUGGAGCAGGUCUUAUUGCCGAAGGGCAGGGCAGAUCAAAAGCCAAACCCCACUAGCCCUUCUGCUGCCUCAACUGUGACAUGUAGGGAUUCUUCCUCCAAACUGAGGCCACAGAACCCUAAGAGGAGCCCGGUGAUGGUUGGCAAGGGUCCUGACCUCCAAGCGGCCCAGAAGACCAAGGAAAGCAGGUUGUUGCACGGUAGACCCGGGAAAAGUAAUCUCGAAUGCAAAGCAACAAAAGGGAAGGUGGUGAACUUUCCGAAGGGCCCUUCAAAAGCUCAGCCAGUCAGUACUAGCACUUCCAUUGCCACGACUAAGGCGCAGGGAAUCACUUCCAGCAGAGAGGACCCUGGGAGGAACCGGGUGCUGGUCGGCAAGAACCCUGACCAGCAAGGGGCCAAGAAGAAGAUGAAGGAAAAGAGGCCGUGGGAUGGCAGAUCCGAGAAAAGUGAUCUGGAGAGUAGAGUGGCCAAAAUGAUGAAAAAGGAGGGCACUCGGGUAACUAAGUCAACCAGUGCCAGCAUUUCUGCCGCCUCUGAUCGGAAACAGCCAGGCACUUCCAGGAGCAAAGAGUGCCAACAGAACCCUGGGAGGAACCAGAUGCUGGUUGGCAAGAACCCUGACCAACAAGGGACUAAGAAUAUCAGGGGAAAGAGGCCGUGGGACGGCAGAUCCGAGAAAAGUGAUCUGGAGAGAAGAGCAGUAAAAACGGAGAUGAUGGUUUCUCCAGGGAGCACUCCAAAAGCUAAGCCAACCAAUGCCAGAACUUCCACUGCCUCAACUCCGACACAGGCAGGUACUUCCAGCCAAAAGGAGCGAAAGGAGACUCCGAAGAAACGUGUGAUGGGUCGCAAGACUGCUGAUCCCAAAGCAGUGGAGAAGUUAAAUAAAUCGGUGACAAACUUCAGGAACAAAAAGGAAAGAGUAGGGCAAAGGAAAGCUGUGAAUAACAUUUCGGUUUCCAAGCCAAACAGUGGAAGUACUUCUACUGCCUCAACUUCAUCACGUGGAGCCUCUAGCUCCAAAGAGGAGCAAGACAGGGUUCUGAAGAAACUCUCGGUGGUUCGCAAGACCCCUGAGUUCCAAGCGGUGAAGGUGAAGUUGCGUGAAUUGAUGAUGAACCUCAAGAGCAGGAAGGAAAGAGAAGAGGCAAGGAAAGGUGGUAAAAAUGGUACUAAAAAAGUGACCAAUCUACGGAAGGACAGUUCCACUUCCCAGCCAAACAGUGGUAGCCGCUCCACCGCCUCGCGUGGAGCCUCUACUUCCACAAAGGAGCAAGACGAGGUUCCGAAGAAACGCAUGAUGGCUCGCAAGACCCCUGACCCCCAAGCAGGGAAGAGGAAGUCAGGUGAAUUGAUGAUGAGGAACGGAAAGGAAGGAGAAGGGGCAAGGAAAAACAAUAAAAGUGCAGCUACAGAGCCAACCAUUCUACUGAAGAACAUUUCAGGUUUCCAGCCGAAAGAGGGAAGCUAUUCCACUCCUUUAGCUCGUUCUGUGGAAGAGUUGUGCAGAGACGAGAUAUACAGCGAUGAGAAGGUGGUGGUCGUUAAGGACAAUUACGCCCCAAUCCCAAACCACUGGCUAGUUUUAUCGAAAGAACCCAUCAGUGGUCUUGAGGCUGUAACCAAAGAGCACAUAAAGCUAGUCAAGCAUAUGCAGGCUGUGGGAUGGAAGCUGAUCGAGGGCUGCGCUGCCUCUGACCAUUUCCAAUUCAGAACUGGUUUCCACACUUUACCAAACAUAAGACAUAUACCUCUUCAUGUCAUCAGUCCGGAUUUCAUUUCUUCUCGGCUGAAGGAUAAAAAUUAUUUCAAUAUAAAAUGUUUCCUGGACUCUCAAGAUGUAAUCAAGAUUCUAGAGAACGAUGGAAAAGUGAAUACUUCAGGUUGAGGUUUCUCUUGCUCCUGAAGCUGCCUUGUGAAGCUGCAAAGCGAAGCCAUCCACUCUGAACCAGUUAAAAGAAUCUUGUGUGUACCUUGUCCCUCAUUCACUGUGCCAAUUGGAGUUCUCUAGUUUGUUGUUAGUACAGCUGAAUUGGCAUUUAUUUCUUAAAUAGUUGGAUGAUCAUUUACUGAUUAAACUAUAAAGGCAUCAUUUUGAAAGAA